AUGAAAAGUAGUAAAUCAAGUGAUGACAAUCAAUCCAAUGUUUCUAGUGAGGAAGUUGAUGAAGAGAUUUAUGAAAUGGUUGAUAAACUUAUAACAUUUUUAAAAUGUUUUAAAGAAAAAAGAAAUGAAAUUGGUGAAAAAAUUAAAAAAAAUCUUGAUAAUGAAAGUGAUGAUAAACCUGAUAGUGAUGAUGUUGAAGAGUUUACAAGAUACUUUGAUGAAACAUACGAAAUUACUACACAAUUAAUUAAUGAAAUGUCUGCUGGUGCUUUAAAAACAUUUAAAUAUUCAGCUUUUGAAGAUCCUGAUAUUAAAACGGCCGAUUUUUUACGUUCAUUAAAUUUAUAUGGUGAAUUAUUACCACCAUACAUACCUAAAGAUCAUGCUCAAGUAAUUGAGGGAGUUGGUGGUAUUCCUUAUUCUAAAGAUUCAAUUUUAGCAGAAGACGAUUUUGUUGUAGCAUAUAUAAAUAAUAUGUGGUGUCUAGGUAUGGUUAAACAAUGUAAAAUUAAUACACAAAAUUCGGAACUUUCAACGUAUUUUGUUGUUGAUGUAGAAGAUCGUGAACGACCUGGUUCUUGGCAUUUAAGAGAUAAAUUAACACCACUACCAAAAUAUAAAGCUGAUCCUAUUUGUCAUAGUCAUGCAUUAUUUGAUAGAAAUACUAUUGUUAUAGCAAUGUACCCACAAACGACAUGUUUUUUCAAAGCUAUAGUUCUUGAAAAACCAACAAGAUCUAAAGAUAAAUAUGUCUUAACAUUUGAAAAUGAUGCUUCAAAAAAUGAAUGGUCGGAACAAAUGAUAAUACCUCAAGCUUUCGUUCUCGCUUAUGAUGACAAAAUAUCUUAUACACCGAAGAAAUCCAUCCGUCAUGGCGAUCGGAGGAUUGAAUCAUAA